AAAAGUGUUCUUUCUGCCCAAAAAUGACAUUAAUCUAAAUAAGGUUGUGAAAAUUCGUCUGCAAAGGAUUGUGUAAAACCUGUGGAAUAUGGCGGGAAUAUAUUCAACUCUUUUAGUAUAUCUACUAUUUUGUGUAUGCGUUUGUUAUGCAUCUGGAAACAUGUCCAGACAAGCAGUUCUAAAUGUAUUACUCGGAGUAUCAGGUAAUACCAGCCAUCUAUCUAAAUAUGAUCCGAGCAUUGCACCUGACUUCGAAGAAAAUAACCCUACCAAUGUGACCGUAAAGAUUUUGAUACAAAACAUUUACUCUGUCAGCGAAUCAUCAAUGGAUUUCUCCCUUGACAUUUUCUUGCGGCAAAAAUGGGAAGAUAAUCGACUUAAAUACGACAACAUGACUGACUUGGAAUGGUUAGAAAUGGAUAAUAAAAUGAUGGAUAAAGUCUGGGUCCCAGAUACAUAUUUUUCUAACGAGAAAAAAGCAAGCGUUCAUGACGUCACCGUUCCAAACCGGAUGAUGCAUAUAUACAAAAAUGGAACAGUUCUGUACAGCUCAAGAUUGUCUUUGACACUAAGUUGCAAUAUGAAACUGCAAAAAUACCCUCUGGACGAACAGAUUUGUCCUAUUGUUGUCGAAAGCUAUGCAUACACUAAAGAAAAUGUUGUAUAUCAUUGGGAUAAUGAAUCAUCUGUGAAGAUACCACAGCUAGAGGACGUCGAGAUGCCACAGUUCCAAGCUUUUGUUGAUGAACUUAACUCGGUUGAAGGUUGUGAUGGAGUUCAUGCUGAAAGUAUUCAAGUUUUCUAUAUUUUGUGGUAUUUUCCUGUUCGGAAAUUGUUACUGGACACCAAAUUGAGCUUAAUGGGUCUUCAAAUUUUUAUGCUUUUUGUUACAUGGGGCGAAUUUGCGUGUCUUCAAGCUAAAAUACGGCUCAACAGAAAAGUAGGGUACUACAUUGUUCAAGUGUUUGUGCCCAGUGUUCUUAUAGUUGUGCUGUCAUGGGUGUCGUUUUGGAUGGACCAUGAUGCUGUUCCAGCAAGGGUUUCCCUCGGUGUGCUCACUGUUUUAACAAUGACGACACAAAGUUCAGGGGCAAAACAAUCUCUUCCACAAGUGUCAUAUGUCAAGGCAAUAGACGUUUGGAUGUUUACGUGCCUGCUUUUUGUUUUUAUGGCACUAGUAGAAUAUUCUUACGUUAAUGUGGUUUCGAGAAAAAAGACCAAAGCUUUAUUACAACAACGACAACAAGCAGAAUUACUGCCAUUGACUCAAGAUCCAAAUAAAGAGGAAAAUGGAAUUUUACCGGUUCACAAGGUAACUGUACUGAAGUAUGAAUGCCAUAUUGCUGCACGAAGAGUGGACAAGAUUUCAAGGGUUGUGUUUCCUUUAUGUUUCUUAAUAUUCAAUGCUAUAUUUUGGUCAUAUUAUACAUUUUUCUGAAUACGAGCUCACAUUUGUCUGGUACUGCUUUGCAGUCAACUCUUUACAGUACAUUAGGCGACGACUAGACAACAAGUCACAUUGAUAAUGUUUGUCUAAAAGCUAACGACGAAGGAUCCUUUUUGUUGUAAGAUAUACAGUCAUGUUGUCUUCAGUUAGAAGGCGUACAUGAAAAACUUUGCAUUUUGGAUCAAUAUUUAUAUAGCAAUUAUGCAAUCUGAACCAUGACGGAAGCUCCGUGUGUCAUUUGCCUCAUGUUAAGUCCGAAACGGUGAUGUGCAGGGGAUGGCACAUGAAAGACAUUGACAGUUUUAAAUUCAUUGCUUUUACGUUGAUGGGAUCUACGAACCUUGACAUUUGACUAUUUUUUUAAUGAAAACAAGGAGUCAAUAGGAAGUGCUUAGAUGAAACGAUAUGAAAACAGAACUGUUGUAAACAAACAGAUUGACAGUUGUUUGUCGGAAAACAAAAAUGAUGAAGAUUUAAGCUUUAUGGAUCAAUUGAUUAAUGCUAUCUUCACAAUUGUUUUGGCAAAAUUUGUCUUGAAAGACAAAUCAGUAAUCAGGAAUAAAAGAUUGCAAUAGGUAAAGGUAAUUCUAGAAUUGCAUGUAAAUUGUUUACGAUAAUGCAAAACUUUUACCAUUUUGUAGUUUAUAGUUUUCAUUCAAAUAUUGUGUUAAAGAUUUGAUUUAUGUUGUUCGUGCCGUUCUUUCCACGAUUGAGCAAUAAAUCAGAAGUGUAAGUGCAACAAACAGUUUAUAAUUGGUUUUAACAUUUAAACUAUUAACCCAUAUUCCUGUACACAUAGAACAUCGUCUGAAUUAACACUCACCUCUUCACAUUCGACUCAUUCGACUGUCUUUGAACUUGUUGAGUCCAGACCUAAAAUGCUUAAGGACCUCUCGAUUUUAGUUAUGUCUUACUGAGUGAUGAUCAUCUUACGCAUAUGAAUAUAUAUGAAAUAAUCAAUAUGAUUAACAGAACAAACUCUUUACAUAUUACAUUAUAUAUUGAUCAUUCAAUCAUUAAAUGUAUGCAUAUGAUUUUAAUCUAAAAUCCAGAUUUCAAUGCAUGUACCUUUUGCCUUCAAACGAAAUGUUAUUGAAUUUUUUACGAUUGUUUGAAAGUUAACUGACGAAAUUUGCAUUGUUGACACUUAAUAUUGCAAAUUAAUUUUGCUCAGCACCUGGAAUUUAAAUUUGACCAACACUACUGUAUCUUUUAUACAUGAUUUUGCUUUUAUGUCUUGCUCAAGUAUUUUAUUAUAUAAGUAUAAAACUCAACAUUAAAACAAAACGCAGAACUAAUUUGCUAUCAUUGUUAUGUUAUUCCGUUUUCGUGCAUUUUUGUUAUUUUUAUAUACAUGACUGGUUGCCAAUAUUAGAACAUUAUCAGGUCUUUUCCAGUCAUUCAGUAUGAAAAUUAUAAUCUUAGAAUAUACUAUUUUUUAAUGACCAGAAAUAACAAUAUUUUUAUUUGAUAAUAUUGUUAUCGAUGCAGAAAUAUAAAUAAAUGAUAAAUUUCAGUAAAGAUAAUAAUAAAAACUUAGACCUGCUUUUACUUUCAUUUCUCAACAGCAUUUUAAUUUUGGUGUACAUCAAAGUAUCCAAAGAUUUACUCAAUGGCCAGUUUUAAUCUUUUUAAAUAUGUUGCUUUUUAUCAUUAUCAUUUAGUACACUUAUAGGGAAUUAGUAUAUGUAUGAAAGUCAAAAUACUACUUUGUGUACAUUUGCUACUUUAUUGAGAAUUGAUUUCACAUUUAUUGCUACUUACUUCAUGUAACAAGCAUUCUUUAAAACCAUUAUUGAAACAUAAAAUUCAUGUUUGCCUUUUCUGAAAAAGUUAAUAAAUAUUUGUUUCUGAGGCAUGAAAAUAUUGCUUUGGCUUAAAUAAGUGUAAUUUUGCUAUGAACCGAUCAUAUGCUGAUCACUUGAAAUCAAUAACAGUUAUUAAUAUCUUAACAUUUUUUUCAGAUUUCCAGUUUCAUAUUUUUCUAAUUCAAUUGAUUUUCCUAACAUUUCAUUAAAUGUUAUUAAUUGAAUAAAAUGUUAUAUGAUAUGUAGUGCUAUAAAUAGAGUAUCAGAUGUCGAAACAGAACUACUUUGUAAUCGCAUAAUUAUGAGUUUUUGGGUUAAUCAGUAUUUAUUUGCUUGCUUGAAUUGAGCGGGUCGAGGGAAAUUCCCUGAAUUACUGUCGUGUGUCAGUGAUUCACUUCAAGAUGUAAAUAAUUGUUGCUUAGAAUAUACAGAAAGAUUAUAUUGACAUUUACUUUGAAUGUAUUAUCAUUGUUAAUAUUUUUCAACUGGAAAGAUGUUUUCGUUAUUUUGAAUUUGUUAUUAUUGCCAAAAAAUGUUAAUAUUUUAUUACUCUCUAUUCACCGUCUUGUUAUGACUUAUUAUUGUUAUUUAUAUAGUUAUUUAACAUUACCGUUAUUUAAAUAGUUAUUUAACUGCCUAAAAUGUUGACUGAGAAUAUUUGACUGUUUAAACAAUUUCAGAAUACGAAAAAAUCAGCAUUGAUCUAUAUUUGGUAUUUUAAUUGUGCUUGAAGAAAUCGAAAGGUCUUUAAAAGGAAAUGUUCAUAUCUAGCACAUAGUUUAAAAUCGUAAUGUUAUAUGAUAAUACAAUACAUACACUCUAAUGUUUUUAUAAAAUGUUUGUUCGAUUAAAUUGAAAUUAUUUCUUACAGAUUGAAUCAAGUUUAUUUGUUUUGCAAUGAAAUUCAAAAUCUUUCCAAAUCAAUGGUACAAUGCAUAUUGGAAAUGUAAUACAAAUGUAUUUGUUAUGACCUUUGUUUUGGCUAGUAUUUGCCAUACUAUUUCAUUAAUAACUGUGUAAAUGUAAAUUUUACAAUAAGUGUGUUAUUGUAUGAAUGUUCCAAUCAUAGCUGACUGAUAACUUGAGACAUUCUGUUGAAUGUGCAAACAAUGCAAUUGAUAAAAAAAUGUUUAUUUGUUUGUUUUUAUAUUAUGUCAUUUUAUUUCAAGCGGAAAUGAUUAAUUUCGUGUAUUUUUUAUUUCACGCACCUUACACAUAAUAUUACUUUUUAUUGAAAAAUAAAAUUUAUUACUUGUUA